AUGGAACUUUUUACGCAACAACGAACGGAUAAUUCCGAGAAGGAUCUUAGCCAAGAUCAAGGCUCUCAGUCUGUUCUCUUGCCCGCUGUUCGAAAAACCAUACUCUGUUCCAUACAUUGCUAUAACAGCUGUCUGGGUAUCGGCCUGAAGGGUGAAGUGGAUCUGCUGAUCACGCUCGAGUCUUGCCGGUCAGACGAUCCAUUCUCUGCAGUGUACGAUAUUCUUGGAUUGCAAAAAUUGCGUGUUCGUUGCUGCGCCAGUCCAUCCCGUGAUGCGAAGGACGUACUCCAAUCUCGACUCGGUCCACCGGAGCCUGUCGGGGCAACCACAACUGCUGCCGUGGGCCGUGAGCAGAACACCGGAAGACUUCCUGUACGAAAAGCGUCUCGAUGCUUGUCUCUUACCAUUUCUUCGAAGCGAAAUAUUCGUGCAGUGCGUACGCGUCGAUCGGACGAGGCACAAGAACCGAUGAACACUUCCGUUGAUCUCCCCCCGGCUGAGGUGGUCAUCCGUGGACGAAAAUAUUUUCUCUUGCUUGUAGCUAAGCUGAUCUACUUUCUCUACAACUUCCCCGGUCAGGAUGAGGCUGGGGACUGGGCCAACCCAACCUUGUAG